GAUCGAUUAGUUGAACACCCUUGUCGGAAAAUCGUAGGGUGUUUAUAUAUCAAAAAUUACUUUUUCAACAUAUAUAUGAUGUGUUUAUAUUCUAGUCUAUUAUAUAUGACAAACAAAAUGGUAUUUGUCUCUCUUUUUCUAGGUUGAACAAUCAACUCGAAUGGAUUCUACAGGGACUUCGUUAGCAAAAUCAUCAAAGAAGCCACCUAGGCCACCAGUGCAAAACACAAUUAGUAUCAAGGACAAAGAAGUAGCGGAAAAGGAGACAGAAGUACCAAUUGAAAGUACCAUGGGGCCAAAUGAAGCUAUAAUAUCAGCAACCAAGAGUCCAGCUUUGCAACGUGCCCUUGACAUUAUAAGAUCUGCUGAAACUAAAGCACAACAUAAAGAGACCAAGGAAAAAGGCAAAUCAGAAAUGCUUCCUCCAGAAAGCAUGGAGAUCAACAAUAAUAAAGGAAUUGUGAUCACAAAUCCAGAAGAUCGCGAGAUCAUACCAACAGUCAAAUCCUUUGAAAUUUACAUCAAGGGAAAGGCUAAAGUGCUCGAAGAAAAUCCUUAAAAAAAGGUGUUUCGAUUAUGAGGUCGUUAAAAUCUAACCCAUUCUGAUAACGACAAUGAUAAAUCUGAACAACGAAGGGUCAUCUUUUUUUCUUUUUUUGGGUGUC